GAGUCAACUCCUCAGUUGCUGAGGAGAGAGGCGGGCCUCGGACCCGGCUCGUGGUUGGGGGGCGGGGGAAAGAUGGCGGAGCUAAUGCUCCUCAGCGAGAUUGCGGACCCGACGCGGUUUUUCACCGACAACCUGCUGGGCCCGGAGGACUGGGGUGCGCGGCGGCCCCGGAGCCCGGGCUCGGCCCCAGCCGUUUCUCACAACCCCCCCAUGCCCCCCCUUCAGUUCGGCAGCGGCAUGCUGGACGUGGGGAUGGAUGUCAGCCCCCCCGAGCCUCCGUGGGACCCCCUGCCUCUCUUUCCAGAUCUUCAGGUGAAGUCUGAGCCGUCCUCUCCCUGCUCCUCCUCCUCUCUCAGCUCCGAGUCGUCGGGCCUUUCCACGGAGCCCUCCCCCCGGGCCCCCGGUGUAGGGGAGGUGCUGGUUGUGAAGAUAGAGUCCUUGGCACCACCGCUCUGCCUGCUGGGAGAUGAUCCAACAUCCCCGAGUGAAACGGUCCAGAUCAAUGUGGGCCCCACCGCUGAUGACCCCUCAGGGGUCCAGACGAAGACAGAACCCGUCUCUCCUUCCUCCAUCAACUCUGAGGCUUCCUUGCUCUCCACAGAGUCCCCCAGCCAGGCUUUUGUAGGGAAGGAGGCACUGGAAGUGAAGGCCGAGUCCCCAGCCCCUCAGGGGUGUCUCCUUCGGGAGGUCCCUGGCCCGCCACUUGGAGCUGUCCAGAUCAGCAUGGGCCCGCCCCCCGAGGGCUCCUCAGGCAAAGCCCUGCCUGCCCGGAAGCCACCACUGCAGCCGAAACCUGUGGUGAUAACCACGGUCCCAGUGCCGCCCAGCGCGGUGCCCCCCAGCACCACCGUCCUUCUGCAGCCCCUGGCCCAGCCACCCCCAGUGUCCCCAGUUGUCCUUAUCCAAGGUGCUAUUCGAGUCCAGCCUGAGGGGCCAGCCCCCCCUGCGCCUCGGCCUGAGAGGAAGAGCAUCGUUCCAGCUCCUAUGCCUGGGAACUCCUGCCCCCCUGAAGUGGACGCAAAGCUGCUGAAGCGGCAGCAGCGAAUGAUCAAGAACCGGGAGUCGGCCUGCCAGUCCCGGAGGAAGAAGAAGGAGUACCUGCAGGGGCUGGAGGCGCGGCUGCAGGCCGUGCUGGCCGACAACCAGCAGCUGCGCAGGGAGAACGCUGCCCUCCGGCGGCGGCUGGAGGCCCUGUGGACCGAGAACAGCGAACUCAAGUUAGGGUCUGGGAACAGGAAGGUGGUCUGCAUCGUGGUCUUCCUUCUCUUCAUUGCCUUCAACUUUGGGCCUGUCAGCAUCAGUGAGCCUCCUCCGGCUCCCGUCUCUCCUCGGAUGAGCAUGAGCGGAGAGGAGCCUCGGCCCCGGAGACACCUGCUGGAGUUCUCAGCGCAGCUGCCCGUCCUUGGAGUCCAGUCCCUCCAGGACCCCUCCCAGGGCCCCCAGGAGCCCCAGCCCAGCCUUGAGGGCCGGCCGAGUUUCAGGAACCUGACGGCGCUCCCCGGGGCGGAGCUGCUGCUGCCAGGCCUGGACCAGCUCUUCCUCUCCUCGGAUUGCCGCCACUUCAACCGAACCGAGUCCCUCAGGCUUGCUGACGAGCUGAGCGGCUGGGUGCAGCGCCACCAGCGAGGCCGGCGGAAGGUGCCCCGCAGGGCCCAGGAGAGACAGAAGUCUCAGCGACGGAAGAAGUUGCCUCCAGUUAAGGCAGUCCCCACUCAGCCUCCCGGGCCCCCAGAAAGGGAUUCUGUGGGCCAGCUGCAGCUAUAUCGCCACCCGGACCGUUCACAGCCAGAGUUCCUGGAUGCAAUUGACCGACGGGAAGACACAUUUUAUGUUGUCUCCUUCCGGCGGGACCACCUGCUGCUCCCAGCCAUCAGCCACAAUAAGACCUCUCGGCCCAAGAUGUCCCUGGUGAUGCCCGCCAUGGCCCCCAAUGAGACCCUGUCAGGGCGGGGUGCCCCUGGGGACUAUGAGGAGAUGAUGCAGAUCGAGUGUGAGGUCAUGGACACCAGGGUGAUUCACAUCAAGACCUCCACGGUGCCCCCCUCGCUCCGAAAACAGCCUUCCACCCCGGGCAAUGCCACAGGUGGCCCCUUCUCAGCUUCUGCAGCCGGCCAGGCCCACCAGGCCACCCAUCGGCCCCUCUACCUCAAUCACCCCUGACCUCUGCUUCUCACAUGGACUUAGGACUAGGGGGCGGGGGAGGAGUCACCCAGUGGGACCGUUUCUUAUUUUCCUGAUCCCUGGGCUUGGGCAAUUGGUAAUGGAAGGACAGGGUGUGGGGUUAAGCACUUAUUUGGUGGUGAGGGAGCUCACCUCUCUUCACCCCUUUUUGGAAUGUAGGGCUCCUCUCAUUUCCCUAAACACGCAGCCCCUGCCUCUCUCUUGAGGGGACUGAGUGAGGGUGAGGCUGGGGUGGGUGGGCUCUGGACUCUUUCGCUCCUCUUUUGGGGGUAGAGGUGGGACUCUAGUUGGAGAGCGGGACAAGGCCAUUUUACGUUAGGAGCUUGUUUCUGGGUAUAUAGGAAGGGUGGUGAAGAAGAUCAGAUUUAUGUGUGUGUGUGUGCAUCUUUUUUUAAUUAUUAUUAUUAUUAAAUAAACAACUUGGAGGGAGUUAAAGGAA